AUGAGCAUAGUUAGUUCAAGUUACAACGCAGAUGCUUGGUCUGGCAGACCACUCAAUGUCAUCUACAUUGGAAUUUCGGAACUUAUCUGUGACAAUACUGGCGGAAGAGUUGCAAUUGCCAUCCGGAAUUUAACAGAUCUCGUUGACUUCUUCGUGUGUUCUUGGCACGUUCCCCGUUCCGAUGUAUCGGACCAUGCAACCGGCGCGAUAAUCGCAGAGCUGAAAGAAUACAGAGAAAAGCAUGCGGAGAAAAUAGUCAGCGCUGCUGUUCACCAAUCUCUUGCUUCCGGAUGUCCAUCAUUAUGCUCGCGGUUGUGGAGCGAGCUUGACAUUGUGCCCUUGGUACUCGAACAUAAGGACCGUGAAAGACAACAUACCGAUAAAGGCGAGCUGGCGACCUUUGCCGGGUGGUACAGGAAGGAACUCGAUGAACGGGCAGAUUCACUGGUGCGAAAGUGCAUACGAUCCUUCGGCAUUGGCCAUGUACUCCACAAUCAUAUAAACUACGAUGGCUCAGUGGACGUAGAUAGAGGCUACCACGUGCAUCUUGCUUGUCUAGAAGACUACAAGAAGACGGUCGAACCUGCAACGUGGUCUGUGGCUCAACAUUAUGCCCAAGACCUGAGGGAAAGGAAGGUGAAGGUCGCCUUUUUCAGUAUGACGUGCCAGGGCAAACCCGACGUUCCUACGCGGCAUGCUCUUGCACGGUUCAGCAACAGGCUCGGAGCUCAAGUCAAAUGGUUUGUGCCGAAGCCUCGACCAGGAAUGGUUCCUCUCAUCAGGAAGAUGCAAGACACCUUGGAGGGACUAGGUAAUCCACUGUCGGAUAUUACUGUUAAUGAUGAGUUGUUGAUCCUGGACUUUGCCUACGCUAACGCGAGAAGGCACUGGCUGCGCCAGAACGGGCCCCUUCGGUCUCGCGCGGAGGGGGGCGUCGAUAUAGUAAUUGUUGACAGUGCGCCACUUUUGACAUUGGCUCUACUUUCAAAGCAGCAAGAUCCCGGGCGGCCUGUCAUAUUUGAGAAUAGCCUCCACAGUCAAGGAGACCCGCUUCAGGAUCACAAUAGCCCGCAAUCCCGAGCAUGGGACUAUAUCCGAGCCAGGUUAGCUCACGUUGAUCUGCUAGUCUCGCUACUUCCGAAGGGACUUGCGCCACGUGUUAUGCCUGAGGAAAAUGUCGGCUACAUACAAUUUUCCGUUGACCAACUUGAUGGUCAGAACAAGUCUUUAACUGGCUGGGAUAUCGGCUUCUAUGGAAGGGAGUUCAGCUCCAUUUCUAGAAAUCUGCAGAUGUCUAUUAUACGCUAUCCAGAAGAGCAAUAUAUCCUUCAUCUAUCCCAGUUUAGACCCGGUGACGGUACCCUUUGCCUUCUUCACUCGUAUCAGAAGUUCUACGACACAUGUGUCAAGGAGCGUCCGGGACAGCCGGUUCUGAAGUUGUUGAUUUGUCACCGUGGUCCCUCCCGUACCCCAGAAAGCUCCUCUUUCUACGAUGCGGUCAUAUCUCAAAUCAACAGCAGCGAGAGCCUGUCUGCGUCCGUUUGCAUCAUUCCAAUCGGCGCUGCGGACCAAAUGUGGAACGCCCUGCUUAUAAACGCAAGAGCGCUUGUGCAGCUGUCCACAUUGCAUGGGACCCCUGAAAUGCUCCUCGGAGCCAUUCAAAAGGGGACACCGAUCAUUACUACCAGAGAUGCAGAGUUGCUCCCUUUCAUGCAGGAAUCAGACCAUACCAUACUAGUCGACAAAGAGGAUAAGAGUGCCAUAGCUCGGCAUCUUUCUCGUAUCUUUAGUGAUGAGGAACUUUCUCAACACAAGGCAGCGCCUGCGUUGAAGAGACUUCCUGAUGAGUACACUACUGUCGGGAAUGCAGUGAGCUGGUUAUAUCUGGCAUCAAAACUGUCUCGAGGGGAUAACUUCGAGCCUCGGGGUAAAGAUAUCUAUAAGCUGGCCCGAGAGGAGGCGGGCUAUAACGCAGGCGAUUAA